CCGUAUUUUUUAAUGUAAAAAAUAAUAAAGAAACCACGAAGUAAACGUAAGAGUAAUUGUAGUGAAUAUGGUGUCGUGUAGUGUGCCGGAUUGCAUUACCACAGGGCGAAAUAACCCAGGCAAACAUUCAUUCCACAGAUUUCCCAAGGACCCUAACGUACGUCAGAAAUGGUUGCGUGCAAUGAACAGGCAAAGUUGGACUCCACAUAAAAAUUCCGUUGUUUGUGGCAAACAUUUUGCCAUAAACCGUUUCAGAGGAGUCAUAAAUAAAAUUGUCAAGACCGGCUCGAUCCCAACUUUGUUUCUACCUGUAAGUAUGCUUACUCGUAUACCAUCACUCAUAAUAAAAGUAUCUUUUUCCUCGUAUGAGGUCCAUAAAAUAAUAAACUAA